AAACACCAGUUAAUAUAUAUAUAAUCAGUAGUUCUUUUCGAUCUUGAAAUCUUAGCUUAUUACGGUUUUGUAUCUUAACAUUGUUUACAAAAACUCACGAUCGAUCUCCAUUCCCCGGCCAAUAUAAUCAAUCUUGUGUUAAAUUUAAUUUCUCUAAUUAAGUUUAAUGCAAUUAGCUAGUGAGUUAAUUGCAUUGGAAGAAAAGAAUUGAAGCUAAGCUAAGAUGGGAAUUAUAACAACUCUUGAGUACCUGUCUGAGAAGAUCAUCGGUAGAAUUGGAACCAAGAAAAGCAAGAAGAGGAAGAAGAGGAGGCAGUUGAGCACAGUGUCAAUCAAGAUCAGAAUGGAUUGUGAAGGUUGUGUGCGUAAAGUCAGGAAUGCCCUCUCUCAAGUCAAAGGAGCACAGAAUGUGGAAGUGGAUAUGAAACAACAAAAGGCCACAGUGAGAGGGUUUGUAGAUGCAGGAAGAGUGAUGAAAGCCGCAAAAUCAACUGGGAAGAAGUGUGAGAUUUGGCCAUAUGUGCCCUAUGGUUUAGUGGCACACCCUUACAUGCCAGGGGUUUAUGACAAGAAAGCCCCCCCAAAUUAUGUGAGGGAACCCAUUAACCCAUCCAUUGCUUAUUUGGAUCCCAUGGAACAACAAUUCACUCUCAUGUUCAGUGAUGAAAAUCCUAAUGCUUGUUCUAUCAUGUAGUUUUUUUUAUUAAUCUUUCACUCUUGAAGUCUUUAAGAGUUUGUAUGUAGCCCUCUCCUCCCUCCUCCUUGAGCUACUACGCAUUCAGUUAAAACUAAUGGUAUAGAAUAGUAAAACUUCUGUCACAUACAAAGUAAACCAACAAAACAUUAUACAAUUAAGAGGCUGGUUGAUAA